CUGCUGUCGCUGCGCGGCUGCCGCCUGGCCGACCGCGACUUCGCCCGCGUCUGCCGCGGCCUGGCCGAGACCCGCGCCCUGGCGCAGCUCAACCUCAACCUGGGCGUCGUGAGCAGCGCCCCCCGCGUCCGGCAGCUGGCCGACGGCCUGCGCGGAAACCGCUCCCUGCAGUCCCUCUUCCUCCAUGGGAGCCCCCUGACAGAUGCUGGCUUAGCCCUCCUUAACCCAGCGCUCUCCAUCCAUCCCUCGCUGGUGGCUCUGGACUUGGGAGACUGCAUGCUGGGCGACGAGGGCAUCAACCUCAUCUGUGGGCUCCUGCCCCCUGACGGGGCCAAGUCAGGCCUUAAGGAGUUAACACUGAGUGCAAACCCGGGUGUCACAGCCAAAGGCUGGGGUCGCCUGGCCAUUGCAGUGGCUCACAGCUCCCAGUUGCGAGUGUUGAACCUGGACUACAACCCUUUGGGUGACCAGGUAGCAGGGAUGUUGGCUGUCGCUGUGGCCUCCAGUCGUACCCUGGAGGUCCUGGACUUGGAAGGAACAGGGCUUACCAAUCAGUCAGCACAGACCCUGCUGGACAUGGUGGAGAAUUACCCAACAGCCCUGCGCACACUCAUUCUGGCAGAGAACAACAUCAGCCCCGAACUGCAGCAACAGAUCUCUGACCUGCUCUCCGAGGGUGAGGAAGAGGAGGAGAAUGAAGCUCGGGAAGUUACAGCCAGAGAAAAGAACCCCUGGAUUUGCCAGAACAAUUCCAGCUCCCAGAUGGUCUUGAUGACAUCAGGUCUUGGCGACAGUCUAUUAGCAGAGACGGAGAUGUGACCUGUGCUGAGCAAAGCAGCCUCCCUAUACGUGUGUGGGUUGUGUGCAAUGCGUGUGUGUGUGUGUGUGUGUGUGUGUGUGUGUGCGCGCGCUUGUGUGCGCCACAUGCGCCCUGCAUGCACAAGCCCACAUGCAUCCACCAGGCCUGUCUGCCCCAGCUGCACAUCCGCACAAUCCUCAGCCCAGCAACGCCACCUUUGGACUCGAAAAUUUUGGGUCCUGGUGUAAGUGAACCUCGCCACGAGUCUCUUGUCACGUGCCCCAUCAGCUGCUUGUGAUUGUCCACUUGCUGCAUGUUUCGAUCUUGUUUCCCCUCCUGACUGUACAUUCCUGGCCCACAUGCUAGAGGUUGUAUUUAUUCAGAUGUGUAUAUCAGAUGGUCUUUCUAUUGCUUGUACUAGUGUCUUGAUGAGAGUUUUAUAAAAGUCACAGACAUGGCACAGC